CGUCACUGCGCAGUUUAAUGCGGAAGCAAACUGACGUCUGACUAAAAACUUUCCAAAAUGUCAAAGAAUGACGAUUCUAUUGAGGAAGUCUCAAAAACAAGUUUACCAAACAAUACAGAGCGUUUCCACAAGAAAUUGACUGAUGUUAGUCUGUACUCAGUGGCCGGGCUGUGUGCAGUGUCCUUGGUACAACUGUUUGAUGAAGAUUGCCACAGUGCUUUCAAAAAGAGUGCGUUGGAAAAGAUUUUGAAAGACCUUGGUCAACCUGAACAGACAAAUGAGUCCAUGUUUUCCCUACUGGAUGGGGAAAUAAUAACAGAUAGUGAUGUUUUCGUUGACAACCUACUUGAAGACCCUGUGCUCUCUGAGACCCGACAACCACUCAUACAAGAUUUCAUCUUGCUAGCUAUCCAAGAAGGGUGUUACGAUGCAAGGAUGCGUGUCCUCAUCAAGCAUAUGGCCUGGCAGCUGAGGGUAUCAUGGGAAGACGUGGAGGAACUGGAGGGAGAUCUCUCCGAGACUCUGGAGUAUCAGACUUACAUCAUGAGCGAUCCAGAACAAAGGAAAAGGGAGGAGGAAAAAGAAAAAGCUCGCAAGAGCCGAAGCAGAAAGAUUAAACGCUAUGCUCUGAUUGGUUUAGCCACUGUCGGGGGCGGAGCUCUAAUUGGCCUGACAGGUGGUCUAGCGGCACCCUUUGUGGCUGCAGGGGCUGGUGCCAUCAUUGGUGGGGCAGGGGCGGCCGCCCUAGGGUCAGUAGCUGGGGUCGCUAUCAUAGGGUCCCUGUUUGGAGUGGCAGGAGCCGGUCUCACAGGGUAUAAAAUGAAACGAAGAGUAGGCGCAAUUGAGGAAUUCUCGUUUCAACCCCUGACCCUAAUUGGGAGCAAGUUUGACUCUCAGCGUACUGUCAAGCAGCUGCAUAUCACCAUAGCAGUUACAGGAUGGCUGAGCGAGAAAGUCCAGGAUUUCCGUAUUCCGUGGAGUUGCCUGGCCGAGUCCAGAGAGCAAUACAGCCUGUGUUGGGAAAGCAAGUAUAUUAGGGAGAUGGGACGUGCUAUUGACUACCUCGUACAAACAGGCAUGUCAGUCGCUACCACAGAGGCUCUCAAGUAUACAGUUCUCUCGGGCAUAAUAGCAGCCAUCGCCUGGCCAUCAGCCUUAAUAUCGGCAGCGGGAGUGAUUGACAAUCCCUGGCAUGUUUGUACCCAGCGUGCAACAGAAACCGGCAAACAACUUGCGGAAGUUUUGCUUGGACGUGAACAGGGGAACCGGCCAGUCACUCUAAUUGGCUUCAGUCUCGGGGCUAGAGUUAUUUUCUCCUGUCUCGAGGAGAUGUCCAAGAGGAAAGGCAGUGAAGGCUUGAUUGAAGAUGUUAUUCUGCUCGGAGCUCCGGUGUCAGGUGACGCCAAAUACUGGAAACCUAUAUCCAAGGUCGUUGCCGGGAAGAUUGUGAAUGGAUAUGCCAGGGGUGACUGGUUAUUGAAGUUUCUGUACAGGACAGCUUCUGUAACAUUCAAUGUUGCCGGCCUGGCUCCUGUGAAGUGGGAGAACAGACGAAUGCACAACAUUGAUCUCAGUAAUGUGAUUGAUGGGCACAGCGAUUACAUCAAAAAUCUUGACACUAUCAUGAAAGCAGUUGGUGUUAGGACCAAAGAUGAGCUUCAACCUCCUUGCUUUUCUAGUUCUUCAAGUAAAUCAAGCUUGAAAUCAAGUAAAUCUACUUCUUCUGACCUUCAAAAGGGAAAGUCUUCAGAAGGAGUUUCCAAUCUCCUAAAAGGAGAGUCUCAAGAAAGACUUUCUGACCUCCCAAAAGGAGAAUCACUUCCUGAAAAGACUGAUGGUGAUCUGAAUAAAGAAGAGACUACAAAUGGUGAUACAAAGGCGGAAACAAGUCAUGAAGCAGAUAUUGCUAAUAGCAGUGAAGAAAGAGGACAGAGUGGUAAAAAUGAAAAUGAUUUAAAGGACACUGAUGAAAAUAUUGAUUCACUUGUAGAUCAUAUAAAUGACAAAGAGAAGGAAAAAAAUAGUGAAACUGAGAAAGUACCUCUGAAAAAUGAAAAGCAAGACGGUGGUUGUAGAAGUACAGAGACAAGACAUGAAGCAGAAGGUGAAAAGCUGGCUGGACUUGUAUCAGCCAAAAUCAGUGUGCCCCUAAAAAAAGAUACUGAUAAAGAGAUUGAUUCACAUACAGAAAUAUCACAUGAGAAUAGUGUAAUACCUACCCAGGAAUCUGCUACAGGUUCAGGAAACUCUGUUAAUGACAAAACGGAAAAGGAUAAGGUAAAGGGCAGGGCUGUUAACAAAACUCAAGUUGAAGGUGGUUCAAAUUCGCCAAAAACCAAAGGCAAAUUAUCAAAACUAAAUAAAAAAGUUCAGAAGAAAAUGAAAGUAGUAAAAGAGUCGUAUGAUAGAAACUUCUGCCCUGAAAAACCUAAUCCAUUGACUGUAAGCUACAAGAACAGCGAUGACGAAGGGAGCAAUGUGGAGUUUAGUAAAGGUGAAAAGGCAAGUCGUGGGAAAGCAAAAGCAGAGAAGGAGGCUGAUGAAGAAGAUUGUUUCUUUACAGAUUCAGAUCCACCAAGUGAAAAUGAACAGUAGUGGAACUCAUUCUUCUUGAAUAGCCGUGACUUGGAAAUCAAUCUUUGAAAUUUUUUUAUGAGGAUUUAAUCAUGGUCAUGCUCAAUAAAAACAAACCAACGAUCUAGAAUUAGAUUCCACUGUUUUACUUUAUAUCAUCGUCGAAUACCCCCGAUACACACUAAGCUAUGCUUCGUUGUGUACCGUGGGCAAUUUGGCGAGAGGAAUAUGAAUAAUUAAUGAGGCAGUUUCAUUAGUUCCACAAAGUACCACAUGCUUUAUGGUUGAAAAAUAUUCUGGCAAAUGCCAGAGUUGAACCGGGUCCGCUUUCUCAGUACAAUAAUAUUUGGCAAUAGUCAAGACCACACUGCCACAGAGGCUACUGACACUGUAAAGUUAUUGAACAAUAUUUGAGUGUAAUAUGCAAAUUCAUUGGAAGAAGAGUUGUCUCUCCUGCCUCAUGCAUCUUCAUUAAAACAAGAUUUUGUCCGUCAAUUGUCCCACGGUAUGUAUGAAAUGAAACGGAAGAAAGUACUGUGGUUGCCGACCAUGCUUUAUAUAUGCAUGAUUUAAACCUUGUAAAUGAUCUUAAAAAUGUAAUGAUAAUUUGAAUUUUACGGGUGGUAUUUCGAAAUUGAUAUUGAUAUUUUGGCAAUUUAAAUAAAUCUAAUUAUUAUUAUCCCUUAAGUUAACUUACAUUAAUCAUUUUUAAAGAAGUCGUAAUGCAUGAUGCCUUCUGAAUUUUGUCCGGAAAUCGGGAAUGAAUGAGUUCCAAAAUGCAGUCUAUUUGGCAAAUUAACUUUCAGUAGGAUAAGAUCCUUAAAGAGAAACAGAUUGUAAAUUAUCAUCUAGAAAGUAAAAAUAACAUAAAUAAUAUUAAUAUUGCAAAUUAGAAUGGCAAAAUAAACAAAUUAUUAAAUAUUGCAAAUUAAAGAAAGUGAAAAUUAAGAGAUUCUUAAAUAUUACAAAUUAGAGGGAGUGUAAAUAAGCAGGUUGUUUGGAUAUUUCUGUGGAAAAAAAUACAAUGUUUUAAGUAUUGAAUGCAAUGAACUGCUAUUGCAAAAGAGUCUUCUAAUAUGAAUGUUGUGAAAUGGAAUGUAGGGAAAUACUAGUAUUGAAAUGUAUAUUAAUGCUUUAAUGCAUAUAUGUAUUAACUAUCUACUGAUUUAUAAAUUGAUUUAUAUUGUGCUCAAUAUUGUGCUAAAUCAUGUAUAAUACUGAAUUGUCAUAAAUUUGGUAAUUUGCUGUAUAAAUAUGUGUGUGGAUUUAUAAUGAUUUGAUCCAAUCUCUUGCUACUAACAAUCUACAAAAUAUUGUUCAUAUCAUUUCAAAAUGCCUUCUUUGACUGCAGAAGAUACUAUACAUUUGCCAUAUUACAAUAUAAAAGGGUAUGUGUACAAUGGCUCAUUCUUAGCACCUCGAAUUCUCCAAAAAUAAGAAAAAGUCUUUGGUGGUUGAAAUAUAUGUAAUGAUAAUAUAUGAACCUUAUAUACAGCAAAUAUAUACACUAUGUGAUAAAUUUUACAUUUGUUUUGGUCUGAACCUUGCCGAACCUUGCCGGACUGACUUUAUUCAUAGAAAUUUGCUUUAAAAUCUGUCCGAAAUUAAUGAAAAUAGGUUUAGAUGGUAAAAAAAAUGUUGUUGUUUUUUGUGUGAAUUCGAUAGAAAAAUGAUCUUACCAUUUUAAUUUUUGUAAAUCACAUACAUGGUAUGUAAAACUCUCAACAAAGGCGAAAUUGAAACGCUGUUAAAGGUUUGUAUUCUUGAAAACUAAACAGAUGCGAAAUUCAUCAAAAAUGGCUAUUUGUUAAAAUGUUUCUUAAUAAUAAUUAUUUGAUGAAUGAGAAAAAAUUAGUAUUCAUAUUGGUAUCAUUUUUUUAAGGUUUAUAGUUUAUUUUAAAAUUCGUUUCAUAUACCAUAAUUUUUUAUAUAUUUUUUUAAGAAUUUGAGGGGUGAAAAAUGAGCCAUCGUGAGCUAACCCCUUAAGUCUUUUUGUUUCACUGUCAUUUAUUGUAGCUUUUGUUGGCUGUGCCUAAAAUUGUAUAGUUUUGGCGAUACUCAGAGCUAUUGUUUAAUCAAGGUGCUACUUACAUUUCACUAAAUUUUAUUCAUGAAAUAUCUUGUUUAAUUAUAUUUGUUAUUGUAUGCUUGAUUAUGUACAUGAUUCAUAAUGUGAUUAUGUCUUUCUGCCCACCAAUUACGAAAUGUGUAAGUAAAUAACAUUGGUAGCUGUUGUUGUUUUUAGGGCAUUUGUUUUGUUAUAAAACAUUGAUAGGGGUAUUGUCAAAGAUUUUGUUUCGUUGUUGGCAUCCAAAAAAGCGCUAAUAUAAAAGAAGUUAAGAAUAUUCUUAUGACUUGGUACACAUGUGGCUAUAGACAAUGCACACAAGUGUAGCAAGGCCAGUUCUCUGGCUGUAAUCAUGGUUGGGUUCAGGUCCUUUUUCAAAAAUAAUGAACAACAGACAAAGAAUUUCCUCCAUGAUUCUCUUGUUUGUACUUUUUUGUCCUAUAAAAUAAAGUACUAUUAACCCUUACCAUGCUGCAAUGUUUUAUGUGUAGUUCAGUGCUCACUGCUGAGUUGUUUUGAGUGAAUGUUAAAUAUAUAUCACCCAUUGAAUUUAAAAGAAUACAAUUUAAAUACUACUUGUUCUACAGGAUUCAAACUUUCAGACAGUGAUAUUGAAAUGUUAAAAAUUUAAAUUAAGCUAUCAGUAAUUGAAAUUGAUUCCACGGUAACCAUGGAGACACAUUCUUGUCUAAAAAUUAUACUUUUAUUUUGCAUAUGUUAUUGUUUUUCAUAAAAAACACUUUUGUGACCAUCGAUAAAAUCCAUCAAUUGAAGAAUUUUUGGGUAAAAUGAAGAUUCACAUUGAUAUUGAACGCAAAUAAAUGAAAACUUAUGUUAUUGUUUAUUUUGGACAACAUUUGUUAUAUGACGUGUGCUACAAUAUAAUUGAAAUACAGCUGUUUAUUGGAGAGAAACAAGCAAAUAUGUCAAUGGUCAUUCAUUUGCUUUUUUCUAGCUUUAGUGUUCAGAUCAAGAAUGAAAUACUAUGAAGCAACAAAAACUUUUGUGAGAAAGUUAUUCUGCAUGUUCCCAUGGCAACCAAUCUUCUUUAUUUGAUAUUCAUACCAAUGUUAAAGAAUUUGACCAAUGUUCAGGUUUUUUAUUGACUACAUUACCAUUAUUUUAUGAAUAUUUAAUUUAAUGUCAUAAUAAAUAAUUUUCAGCAAAUAAAAAUUCACAUUACGUUAUUUUAGUGAUACUUAGCUAUAGAAAGAAGAACAGUUAACAAUUACUAAUGGCACAGACCUGAUACCCUGUUUAAAGGAUCACAAAACAAUAGUCCAGUAUGAAAUUGAUAUUACAAUAUUACUGUAUGGGAGCAUGAUUGAUAAAUAAACAUUCCACAAUUAUGUAUCUUUCAGUCAUUUCAUUUCAAUUUUAAAAGGUUGCUAUGGAAACAUAUCAACUAUGUUUUUUUUUAAAAAGUACAAUAUACCAAUAAGAUUAUCUUAUUGGUAUAUUGUACUUUUUAAAAAACAACAUAGUAUCUUAGGUACGUUUCUAAAGUUGUUGUCAUUUGAGACUGCAUAAACACAACAUGAGACAAUGAAUCAAAAAUAUGCUUUUGACCAGUAUUAAUUAAAUAUUAUAAGUACAAUCAUGUUUCUUAAAAGAAACAAAUGUUUAUAUUUGUUAUUUCCAACCAGCGACUGAACUAGUCUUUUUUAGUAGCAGUACUCAAGACUUGGUUAUAAGGACAGUAUCAAAAGUGCAUAUGGUAUAUAAAUAAAUGAGCUUUAAAAUAGUGAAAAAGAAGUUUAUCGCAUCUUCUAAUGUACAUGUACUGAAUAAACAAUAACAAGCAGUUACCUUAGAUUGACAGGAUAGAACCAAUACGCCCCUCACAUCGUUCAAAUUUACUUCUUCUAUAUCAGAGAAAUAAGAUAAAAAGUAAUUUUAUACAUUCAAUAUGCAACAUCUCAUACUGCAAAUUGCUUACAUUUUUUGGGGGGAGUGGGGGGGGGGGGGGGGGAGAACCCAUUUUAUGCCAUCCGCCCUGGUACCAUUGUAAGUAGUUAAUUUUGUAACUUUAUGAAUUCAUAAAGGGAGCAUUAGUUAAAACUUAAUAAUUUUCACAACAUUUGUGAAACAAGUUUUUGCAACUCUCAUUGGCACAAUAAUACCAGAGAGUGUGGUCUUGUGUAGAAGGGGAAACGGGAAAACCCGGAAAAGAAACCCACUCGUCAAACUUGGUGACCACUAACCUAACUCACACUCGCCUAGGCUGGGAAUUGAACGCAGGUUCUCUAGGAGAGAGGCGAAUAGGAAAUUCCUAUCAAGCCCAUCGGUAUAGUUCUAUACACAACAUAUGAUAUAGCUUUCCUAUUAUUUAACAUGCAAGCGUUACUUUAUUUACUGCUUAGAAAAUACUUGCUCUGCCUUAACAAAUCAAAUAGUUUUAGUUCUUGGAUGGCUGUGCAUAAAUAAUUUCAUUGUAGGACUGUAUAUUCUAAUACAUUUGAUAUUAUUUCAUCUUAUGAUAACAUUAAAACAGAGAGAGAUAUACAUAGAGAGAUAUACAUGUUGUAAGCAAACUAUCAUAAUUUUUAUACUUUAACUAUUUAGUUAUCAGGUGGUUUAAUGUUACCGAAGGGCCAACAAAAUAAAGAACACAUUAACAUGUCUGUAUACUCAUGUUUCAACACCAUACUGUUUGUACAUAUUUAUAAAAUGCAAUGUAAAGUUUUGUAAAAAUAACUGCAACUUUGAAGAAAUAAAAUGUUGUCCUCACAGAAUUAGAAGAUUUUGAUGAUGAUAGUGUUUAAUACUAUAUAUAUAUUGAUUUUUGGAUGAAUGUUUUUUUUUUUGUCAUAUUUUAUAUAAGUCACAAGCUGCAAUUUUAAUGUAAUCAGAUAUUUAAUGUAUAUGUUAAUUGAACAUUUUGAUAAACAUAUGAUAUCUUUGUGGUCCAUGUACUAUGAAGUUAAUUUCAUAAAAAAAAUACUCACAAAAAUAUUACAAAAAAAGAGAAAAAGUUUUACGCAUAAAUCAGAGAUCAAACCACGAACCUUUAAAUCAGCAGGCGAGGCUUAUAACCACUACAUUACAGUGACAGAUAACUGCAUAUCGAUGGCCUCACUUCAAAAUGCUGAAGCUGCAUUUUUUUCUGUUUCAAAAUUUUUACAUCAUUAAAAUCAUAAGGAUGAGUGGCAUCUGACUGCAAAAUGCCGAGUAAAUAGUCCAAUGAGAAAAUGGUGUUGUAUCAUGUGAUCAAAAUGUCAAGCAACGAUUGGACAUUUCACAGAGAAGCAAAAAUGCAGAAUGUUCAGAAAUUGUAACUACAAAAAUUGUAACUUCGGCAUUUUGUAAAAAAAUGUGUGAUCAAAUUACCAAGAUUAAAUGCUAAAAACGUUGCUACUAAAAACAUGGGAUUUUGUAGCUUCGACAUUUGGAAGCGAGGCCAUCAAUAUGGUGUUAUAAAACAUAUAAACACCAUUUCUUAUUUUGGGAUAUGUGCAAACAUUGGGGUGAAAGUUGUUUACUUUUAACUAUUUAUGUUUAUUAUCUGUUGGUUACUUGAACAUACUUUUGAACAAGGUUCUAAUUUUUGUUGAUUUGUUUUGAUACCAGUUAUAAGGUAAAUUAGAAGUGUUCCUACCUAAUGCAUCCAAUUAUUCAUUCGUAAAUAUAAACAAAUACACAGGUCAAAAAAGAGUUCAUGCCUUUAAAGUUCUUUUUUUGAUUUGCUUUGAUUUUAGUUUAAACUUUAUGCAUUUUACCAUGGUUGUGAAGAAAGUUAUAUCCUCCUGUUGAGUCACUGAUUGGCACAAUGCUGUGCAACCACUUUUACCACGUUGUGACCACUAGACUAUUUUGUCCAAAUUAUUUUACUUAUUAUAAUGAUUAAAAGAUGAUUAUAUAUGUUUAUAAAUUUAAUUAAUCUGUACUUUCAUUUGUUUUGAAAUUAUAUAGAAGUUUAAGUUAGUUCUUAAAGUGACACUCUUAAUGAAAAUCAAUACAUACACAUGUAUAACAAACAUAAAUUUUGGGUAAUAAACCUUUAACUACUACUUACUAAAUAUUGCAUUUAUGGAAACUAUAAAUCACUGAUGACAAGAUUGUAACCAUAUAUUUAAUAACUGUAAACACAAACAUAUUAAAUGAUUGGUGAGUGCUAAAAGAUUUACUGGGAUCUUUAUCGUUCCAUUAAGUAGAAAUACCUCGUUUUCUGCUCCUUUCUUUUAAAUUAAACUUGGUAUUCUUCAUCAAAACCACUGUUUUCGACAUUUAUUCAGACUUUUUGAUAUAUUAUAACAAUUGUAUUAAUUGUGGUAAAUCUUAUUUGGGAGUAAGAGAGCAUCUUUAGUCUUAAAAUUAAGAUAGGAAAUAUACUUAGUACAGUUAUUUAACCAUUAAUAGUUUCAAUCAAACCAGGAUUUUUCUUCUUUUGCUUUGGAUGUAUUUUGUCAAUAUGAAUCUGCCAUAAUUAAAUAUACUUUUUGUUCAGUAUUUUUCAAGUGAAGAAAGGAUCAAAAUUUCAAGACUGUUAAGGAGAAAUUAUAAUGUGCAAAAUAACGUAUUCUUAUGGCCAUGUUGAUGAUGUUUUGUUUUCACUUUUAGCGUUGUUGUUGUUUUUGAUGGCAUUUCAUGUGCAAUUGAGUUUGUGUCUUACUUCAAAGGGAAAUCACCCUUGUCUAUAUCGUUAAUAAACAUAUUUGUUAAGCCUU